AUGGCAUACGACUUCAAACUCACCCAUAGACCCCGCAAAGUCAAGACUACCACUCCCCCACAUCCUCUCCCCACUCAAUGCAUCCCAGGCAGUCGAGCAUCGCAGACUUCCCCGAUGCCACAACUAAUCCCUGAUUUUUGGAACUCCAUCGCAGUCUUGAGACUCUUCCUGUUCUCCCCAGAAACAGACGUCCUUGACGGGGACGCACAAUACAUCUUCCAACGAACUGUCGUCUAUCGAAUUCCCACUGCCUCGUGGUCGCGGUUGAACAAGCAGCAGGAAGAGGACCAGGAUGACCGUGCUUUCGACUUACAGCUCAGCGAAAAGGAUCACAAGAUUCAGAUACAACCCAACGAUGAUACUGACCUGAAUCCCGGAGAACUGACCCUCGAAGAAGGCGCGACUGCUCGCCAUUUUUCAACUUGCUCGCAUGGGCCGUUACCAUCUUGCACUCUCCUUAUUGUUGGAUGGAUCAUGGGCACUGGUAUAUUCUCCACAUCGUCCUCCAUCCUAUCCGGCGUGGGCUCAGUCGGCGCCUCCCUCAUGCUCUGGGUCCUUGUUUUCUUGCUUAGCUUCAUAUGGCUCAAGUUCGGCGCCAUGUUCCCUCACAGCGGUGGAGAGAAGGUAUACCUUGAGGCCGUCUACAGAAAGCCCAAGUAUCUCGCCACCAUAGUAUUUGCUGCCAAUGCUAUAUUCCCUGGAUUUACUGCUAGUGGUUGUAUCCAAGUCGCUAGACGGCGCGCAGAAUUGCACUUGGAGAACGCAGUAGAUUUUGCAGAAGAAUGGAGAGCCGUAUAUUAUAUUCGUGUCAAAAGAGUAACUUAG